UCUCUUGCUAGACUUGCAUUAUUAAACUUAGGCUUGUUAUUAUUAUCAAUACGAGAUUGCUGCACGGUAAGCAUGUUAUAUUUGUGCUUGUUACUUAUCAGAGUUGCAGCGAGGACAACUCGUGAAAAAUUCUGUCGUCGACCGCGAACGACAUAUCGUCAACGAGGCGAGGUUGUAUCAUACAGGAAUCGUUAAAAAUGCGCUGAUAUUGGGAUAGGUCGAUAUUUCGAAUUGUAAUAAAGGCGCAGGCGUAAAACAAGCGAGAAAUUAUACGCGACAUGUCGACGGCACAUUGUUGAAUAAAGGACGAAAUCGUCCUAAAAAGGAUUUUUGGAGGGGAAAGGGGACGGAGGGAAGGUUAAACUAGGGGAACGCGCAUAUUCGCGCCCGAUCUUGGUACGGCACUAGGUUGCAACUUCGCAUCGGAUUGGAUGGCGACCGAUGCACACACGGGGCAUAAUAUAAACGGUGUGCACACACCGUCGAGUACUAUCGGCGUGCGUACGUCGACAGCAUGGAGCGGGGGAGGAGGUACGUGAAGGGCUGGGCAGGGGUCGCGAGACGAAAGGGGAACGAAGAGCGGGGCCCGAUUAUGCCCGAAGGCUGGCGGACAUGUCCGAUGCGAAAUAGUCGACAAUUGACGCGAUAGAGAGUUUGGCGAGAAGGUAGCGGGCGAAGGGGGAAGCUACGCUGUUCUCCCGGGUGAACCGCUUCCCCUUUUUCAAUUUUAUCAUGCGAUCGACAUAGUCGCUCCCGUGCCAGCUAUGGACGGUCCAGGCACAGUUACAUGGGAGGAAUUCCUCGAGAAUGCAGAAAGGUUUCUUGUUGUCUCAGACGAGAUAUCAGACGGAUGGGAAUUUCGCGGGAACAAGAAUAUUCCUGGAAAAGCCUAUCUAUUCAGAAAAGCCAAAUACUUCUUACCAUGCGAUUCCAUCACGAGAAACGGCGGAUCGAGCGGCGACAACAUCGAUGGCGACGAUGCCGAGGAAUUCCACAUAAAAUUUCAGGAUGAUCCGCAUGAGACUCCUUCCGUAUCCGAAGCACCUUUCAUCACCGAGCAUCACAUCCUGUGGUCAGAGAGUUACGGCGUUCCAGUUCUCUACUUCAAUGGAUGGAAAUCAGAUUUCCUUGGUAUUAACCCAGUGAGCAUAAAUGAGGCUCAAACGGUCCACGGUUCUAAAUUAAAUCACAUGGAAUUAUCGCAAACGAUUCAUCCUAUCGUUAGCAGUCCAUUCUUGCAAUUACAUCCAUGUCUCACACAGGAAUUGCUACGAACUAUGCCAAAGAGCAAGAAUAAACUCGUCAGUUGGCUGAGCUGCGUGGCAUCUGCGGCUCUAAAUCUCAAAAUACAUCCGGAAUAUUACAAGCUGACUUACUAAAGUCUCCAGCCGUCUUGAACUAAAAGAAUGAUAAAUGUUUGAAACAUAAUCAGCGAAUCCGAUAUGCAGUAUUGCAGAGAACUGAUCGCUUUGAAUGUAUAAGUGCACCGUAUACCGUUAAUGCAGCCGACUAUAUGCAAUGCUCCCGUCUCGUCGCGGCCUACGUUCAUAUUCGCAUCGCACGCGUACCAGCGACUCUCAACCGACCCGGCGUCUGGCAUAGAGCGUCUAUUGUGAUAAUCCCGUUAGCCUCGUCUUCUGUGCGUCGGUCUCGGUUUGUGGUGAGCAUCCGCUUCGCGAAACACGUGCCGUUUUAAAUUACAAUAGCAAAUAUACGACGUUAUUAAUGUGCGACCUCCAUUUUAGAUCGCCCCCAUGGUUGCCGCGCGUCUUUUUAGUCAAGCAAAAAAAAAACGUUGAGAAAGUUAUUUGUAGCGGUGGGAAGGAGAGGACAACAUAUUUCGGCUGAAUGGAGUAAUUUGAUUUGUUUCGCAUUCGUCGAGAAGUUGAUCGGAAUGAAUUUUUUUGUAUGUUAGUUGUAGACAAGAGUCAGAGAAAAGAGCGAAUUUUCGUUUAUCAAGUUUAGACGACACUUAUUAAUAUUGACCAUGUAUUUCCGUUAGCACAGGCUGAAAGAUCGAGCCGUUAGGAAAAAAAAAAACGGCACGUUCCCCUCUCGUGUGGCUACUAAACGCAUACGUAAUUGACAUCUGCUCGCUGUGCUAAUUCACAUUAGUAUUUGUAACUUUCUUUUGCGUAUAUAUAAAAUAUAUAUAAAAUAUAUACUAAUGCACAACGAAAUAUAUAAAUAUAAAUAUUACAAUAUAU